AUGGAAAACAAGGAGAGCUCUCUCAAAACGAUUACCCAGUGCCUGGAUGCGACAGAAACGGCGAUAGAAGCAAUUCGUGAAGGAGACAUUUACCGUCGUGAGACUUCUUUGGAACUUCGCGGUAUUCAGCUUUUGAGUCAUGAAAAUCUGGGAAAACUGAAGUCGAUGCUGGCGGAACUGGAGGAGCAAAUUGAUAGAGAACGGGUUGGAAACACGAAAUGGAUGGAAAGACGAGUGGAACAAGCAAGAGCAGUGGCUGAUGCGGCUUUGAACUCAACAUUGAUGGUUAAGGAUGUGCAAACUCUGGAGAAGAAAGUGAACAUUCUGAAGGAUUCCAUUAUCCAGAUGAACAAGUCCUAUAGAAACUACUCGGCUAAUUUGGAUAUGAAGGAUUUGAAAGAACAAGUGAUUGAAAUGGUUCAACGUAUUGAGAGAAUGGAGAGAGAAGCGUUGGAUGGAUAUCCGACUGAUGAGCCAUCUAUGGAACGUGUGUUCCGUGGUGCAAUUGAAGGGCUCUACGGACUGCAAUCAUCGAAUCCAAAAGUGAUGCAAGAGGCUAAAAAGUUGGCUCAAGAGUUGAGUGUUUUCCGUGACGCGGCAGCUAACAAGAAUUUCUAUGCGAUGAUCUCUUCGAAAACCGGCAAGUCGUCGGCCGAAUCCUUGUCAGCGAGUUCUUCGGAAACUCAAUUCACUUCAGAUGCAAGUGGAUCUUCUUCUUCUUCUUACUAUCAAUCUACCAAUACUCCUUCCACUUCCUCUACUCUUUUUUCCAGUAAAAAAUAA